AUGGAUAGAGCAGCUGACCGAAGACUUUGUGGCCAAUGUCACACAUCGAUCGGUGAUGAGGCUGUGGUGGCAAUGAAUCGCCUCUGGCAUCCGGAUCAUUUCACCUGCACCGCUUGUAAACGCCCUAUCAAGCAGACUUAUCAGGCCGCUGACAGCCACGCAUACUGCGUACAUUGUUUCGCCCAGAAGUACAAUCCGAAGUGUGCAGGUUGCAUGGAGACACUGGUGGAUACGUGCCUUCUUGCUCUCGAUCGCCAUUGGCAUCCUCGCUGUUUCGCCUGCUCGUCGUGCAAUCGUCCUCUUCCAAACGGAGAGUAUUACCUGGUAGACGACAAGCCGUAUGAUCUCGAUUGCCACUGGGCGAAGCGUCUGGAGAAAAGAGAACAGAUGGAGCGCGGCGAACGCUAA